CCAGCUCUGCUCUUUCAACAUGGCGCGACUCUCCGUAAUCCUUGCUGGACUUCUCUGGCUUCGUCAAGCGCAUGCAAUCGUAGUACCAUCAAGUCCGCCCUCUGGCGCCGCAGCCGUCGAUCCUUCGCUCGUCAGCAUAUCGAUGGAGUUCUUCGCGUUCCCAGGCUACACCCAGCUCAGCGGCACGAACAACUGUCUAAACAACCUUGCGUCACUCCGAGGCGCCCAGCCUGCCAUCCGUAUCGGCGGUACCACUCAAGAUCGCGCGACGUAUGACGCAAACCUGCAGUCGGCUGUCAACUACACCGUUGCCACUCCUGCGGAUGCGCCGUUGAGCUUGACAUAUGGCCCCUCGUUCUUCACGCUGGCUUCGCAGUUGAAGGGUCAGGUGACCGUAGGCCUUAAUCGCCAGCUGAACAACCAAGCGAACUCGCUCGCCGCGGGGUCUCGUGCGAAGCAGAGCAUGGGAAACCUAUUCGCGAUCGAACUUGGGAACGAGCCAGACUUGUACGCAAGUAGCUCUCCCAUCGCCUCGGGUACGGGAUGGAGCGAGUCCAUCGACAUUUCCAAUGAAGCGAAGUGGUUCACCGCGUUAGCACCAACUCUAGGCAACAUCUUCCAAGGCGCGGUCUACCUCUCAUGGAACACUCAGCAGCUCGUUUCGAGCAUUGGAAGCGCUGCUUUGAACACUAUCAAGACAAUUUCGCGGCACUCCUACCCUCAGUCGGCAUGUGGUGGGGCAAGCACCAACCUUCCGAACUUGAUGAACCACGCAGGGAUAGUAUCAUAUGUGAACCAGUACAAGGCAGAAGCGACUGCAGCGCACAAUGCUGGGAAGAAGUUCUUCCUCGGGGAGACGAACUCGGCAACCUGCGGUGGUGGUGGUAUCAGCCCCACAUUCGGUGCAGCGCUCUGGAUCAUCGACUACGUUUUGCAAAGUGCUCUUAUUGGCGUCGACCGCCUCUACUUCCACCAUGGCACCAUCAGUAACUGCGCCUACUGCUGGUGGGGACAAAAUGCCGUAUUCUCCCCGUACUACGGAGCCGUGUUCGUUUCCGAGUUCCUCGGGACCGACGGAGCCAAAGUCGCGGCGCUCAGCGACACCGACACAGGCAUGGCUGUCUACGCAGUCUACUCCGCUGCGGGGACCCCUCUUCGCCUGCUCGUCCUCAACACGAAUUACUUCGACGGCACCGGCACGCGAUCCAGCAACACCGUCAGCUUCAGCGGAAUCGCGACUGCGAGCGGAACCAAGCAGGCUAAGCGCCUGACGGCGCCCUCUGCGACGUCGCUCGCCGAUCAGGGCGCUGCUGUCACGAUCGGCGGUAGCGGCAAGUUCGGCGCAAACUGUGCGAGGACAGGUACGGAGGGCACGGAGGCCGUCGCGGUAUCGAACAACGCGUUCAGCGUCGCGGUGAAGGCCUCGGAGGCGUUGAUUGUAAACCUGUGACAUCAUGGGUGGAAA